GUGGGUCUGGGUGCAUAGUCAGAAUAGCAACAACGUACUACGUCUGGGAAUAUUCGUGCACGGUAGAGAACGCGCCUCAGAGCUCCUCAGUAUUGAAUACAAUUUGUUUUGAGGGUUUACCAAGACGUAUUCAUUUUAUGUAAAUUCUUUAUUAAAUGCGGGGUUUUCUGAUGUGGUGGAGCCGCACUGCACAAAUCCAACGAGUUUCAAUUCAACAGUAGCCUAACGACCGACUGCUAUUCAUGGAUGGUCUUCUAAGGGCCACACUUCAUGGCUUUGUUUACUGUGGUCAUAACUCCACCCAAGGCUCCUGUGUGCCUUGUCAUCUGUACAGCCUAUUACUGUGACACGAGCCUGGCCCGCCAGACUGAUAGCAAGAGGCAAGGACGAGCUCGUGAAUAACCACAGCCUGUGUAACCAAGGUGUCAAGCAGGUCCCCUGUGUGUGAUGCCCUCUUGCUAGCAGGUCCCCUCCCAGAGUGUGAUGCAUCAUGGCUCCGGUGCUCAGUGCCUUGUUAGGGCCGGGGGUCGCGGGGUCAGGGGUCGCCAUGUCGACAUCGUUAGGCAGCGAGCCGCUGGUCCUAGUGGUCACCCUGAUGGCCAUCUCUGCCAUCGUGCUGCUCUCACUGCUACUGCAGCUGUGUGCCAGCUGCCAGGGGCAAAAUAAAUCCAAUGGCCGCCCAGGAGACCAUGAGAACCUCAUGAAUGGAGUGUCUGAGAGAGAGACGUUUACCGGAAGUCAAUCUGUGGACAGUCCAGGGACUGACCUAGUGGUGAGCAGUUCACACAACGGCCCACUAACCAGUGGUACAGUGUUGACAGACACCCAGGACAGCAGUCCCCAGCCCUCUGAGGAGAUGCUGUCCAGCCAGUCAGAGCUGCGGAGCUCCAAGUGUCCCCAGGACCGCGAGCUUCCCAGCAUCCCACCCAACAGCGCCCUGGAGGGGAUGGGAUCCUCCAGCGAACCCCCUCUACCCGUCUCCGGAGACGGCACCUACGAGGUGGUGAAGGAGAGAGGCGGCAUCUUAACGGCGUCCCGUGACGUGAGCGUUGAAGACUCCCUCUACGAGACGGUCAAAGAGCUGAAGGACCAUCCAGGGAGCCUGGCUGUAGGUAUACCCAACGGACACGGUACUACGUCCCCCUUCAGCCCCGGUGACGACCCUCACCACCUCCACAACCCCCUACCCCCUUCCCACCACCGUCCAGCCCUCCACAAUGACCACCUCAGCCCCUGCAGCACCCCGGAGCGGGGGCCCCUGUGCGCGGGAGUGGAGUACGCCUCGGUGGAUCUGAACAAGAAGAGCCGUUACAGUGCAGACCUGGAGGCCAGGCGCUCAGCCACCAUCACUGCUGCUGUGAGCCCCACAGAGGAGCCCGAGGAGGAGGACAGACCCCCGCCUGUACCUGACAAGGUGCUGGAUGAGAAUGACAACCAGCCUACCAUGAUGGACGCAGGAGGGGUGGUGGUAAUGGGGGCAGCACUUCACAACGGAGAGUUGCUCUCUCCUUCACCGGGGCUUCACAACCAUGUGCUGUUGGAGAACGAGCUUUCAGACAUGUACUCCACAGUGAGGAAGACACACCUAGACGUGGAGGAGAAGGAGAGUGACUACAGCAGCAUCGCUGAGAUCAAAGGUCUGGUCCCUGAGUCGUCCUCCAGUGAUCUCUACGCUACUGUCAGGGACAUCUACCCCCAGCUCGGAGAGGGGGAGUCAGACCCACAGGGACCCUCUGGGGUUCUCCAGGAGUCCCCUGCAGAGAGCAUCGACCCGGGCUACGAGAACGUCUGCCUCACUAAGACUGGUAAUGGAGAGGACUUGGGGCUGAGGAACCAGGUUCAGGAGCCAGACUAUGAGAGUGUAGGUGAGCUGGGCCUGGGGUUGAACAGGGAGAGUUCCCGUCUCUAACUGGGUAGUAAAGCUACAGUGCGGGGCCUAAACCUGAGCCUCUGGGGCCUCACCCUCAACCCCAGCAGUUAGCCUAACUAAUAGCCUCACCCUCAACCCCAGCCAUUAGCCUAACUCCUAGCCUCAGACUCAACCCCAGCCAUUAGCUCAACUCCUAGCCUCACCCUCAACCCCAGCCAUUAGCUUAACUCCUAGCCUCACCCUCAAUCCCAGCCAUUAGCCUAACUCCUAGCCUCACCCUCAACCCUAACCAUUAGCCUAACUAAUAGUCUCACCCUCAACCCCAGCCAUUAGCCUAACUAAUAGUCUCACCCUCAACCCCAGCCAUUAGCCUAACUAAUAGUCGCACCCUCAACCCCAGCCAUUAGCCUAACUAAUAGUCUCACCCUCAACCCCAGCCAUUAGCCUAACUAAUAGUCUCACCCUCAACCCCAGCCAUUAGUCUAACUCCUAGCCUCAACUUUACCCAGCAGCCCUGAUGACAGGAACACCACCUCAGGGCUCUGAAAUUCAACCUUCAACCCUACUGCCCAUCAUCACCAAUUCAGGGUUUCUGCCCACUACCCCCUCAGUGCAGUUUGGGUGUGCCCACAGCCCAGCGAUAUCUGACUGAAUUAGCUAUAAUCUUAACUCUGCAUCAAUUCAUGGGGCCCUUAAAUUACAAUGUACGUACUCGGGGUGCUAUCAAAUCAGUAUUUGAACUAUGAAAUCACCGUCCGUUUUCAAGUUAUUGGCGUCCGUCCACUUUGUGAUGUUGCUUCUCACUCUGUAUCAUGGUGUACAUCACAUCACUGAAGAUUGAAGGUUAGCUACAUUAUCAACGACUGCUAUCAAUGUGGGAAGGCCAAUAUUUCUACAUUAUCCAUCACCAUCAUAAUUACUUCCUCAGACUAUAAAAAAGUACAUUUCUAAACAUGUAUAACCAGUCAUUACGAAUUCAGUUCAUUUUACAAGGCUGGUGACAAGCUGACUGGCCAGUGACACUUUGUCAGUGCCUUGUGAUUGAGUUUUUGUGCCAUAAUGUCGUUCUAUAAGGCACUUAUAAAGGUAUGAGUAGAAUGUUUCCCCACAAUGUAAUGUCAAUGUUUAUAUAAUCUGUUCUCCCCUCCUAGUGCAUCAUUUCAUUCAGAACAUCAUGAUAAAGCAGAUAUAUGAUAGAUAUGUGUACUUACAUACUAUUGUAAAAUAAGUAGCCUCAAGUCAGGCAGUUUAGACGGCUGAACUCUAAAUGGAACGGCUUCUUUUAGUUUCUAAAACAUUUUUUAUUUGAUUUACAUGUCAACUUUUUUUAUUUUUAAAUCAAAUUCCUAUUUAUUUAUAGAUGGUGGAUCAUUGUGUGAUUAAGGGAUAUCAGGAAGUGUGUUUGUUCAUGAGGGAAACUUGAAGGUUUUGUUCUGUACAUAGGAUAAACAAAUGAAUAAGUGGGUUACCAUGGUAAUAAAGUAGUAAAGGUACUCAUGAAUAAUCCAGACUUUUUAAAAAGGACUUAUUCAUUCAAACAAAAGACGAACAAUGGUGAGACCAUAUCUAUCAAUGUUGUAGUGAUUUCUUGUGUGAAUUGUUCAACUCAGUUGUUGUUUUCUCUAUAUUUCUUCACAUGAUUCAAAAUGUAUUUAAAAUACUUAUAUUCGCUCAAUGUGACAAUAUGCAACAGCAAAGCGGUGUGUUAAUGCAGCUGUAUUGAUCAAGGUGUAUAAUAUGUGUUUGUAUGGCGUGUUUAUGCUAACCCUGUAGGUACGCAUACUAUUGAUAAGGUGGAAAAGGAUUUUAAAGCACAAAGUGUCAAAAAACAUUAUGCUACUGCUUCUGUACAGAGCUUAUAGCAACAACAUCAUACAUACAUAUAACCCAUCAUGUGCACAAUUAUAAUAUCAAAUGCUUCUAACUUAACUAUUUGAACAAGCACUAUUAAGGUAGCAUGUGCUGAUGACAUGCUAACCGAGGGUUGUAUAAAGUUAGAGUACGAUUUCAUGAAGUCGGCUAAUGUAUGAAUUUGCAAAUGGUAAAGUAUAUUUUGUAGUAUGUAUGCAUGUGAUUUGGACUGCUUAAUAGUGGCUAUAAAAGCACAUAGAGUACAGUAAAACCAUGCUGUCCUUUUAAGGGAAUACGUUUAGGCUAGCUGUAAGUAUGCCCCUUACUCAGAGAGUGACCUAACUAUUGUUGAAAAUAUAGUGAUUGAUUGAAUGGUGGCGUAUGACAGUUUGGGAGUUCUGUAUUCUGUUUUAAUAGGACACCAUCUCAUUGGUUAUUUUGUUCUGUUGUUUUAUUCAUGUAUGGUACAUUGUGUCGGUACAGGUGUUUUAAAACAGAAAAGUCAAAGUUGGUACUUUUUAUUUUUUUAAAGAAAAGUGAAUGAA